AUGCCGUCCUCAGUAUACACCUUCAACGACAGCCAAAUGCCUCUCAAAGAAGCAAAAACGGCCCGCAUCACCACGGAUCCCGACACCUCGCUUUCCGAUCGGCCAAAUAACUAUACAGCACUGCCAACUUCUCGGCUCUCCCGAGACGGGGAUGACAAACCUCCAAUUUACGCCACAACCUUUGGCAUAGAGCUGGAAUUCUGCCUGGCAUUUAGGGAAGAGCUUUUACGUACCAUACUUCAGGAAUACCACACAGAAGCAGAUAUUGUCAAGACCUUUACUGCCCAUCAGCAUGAUAACCUCCUGGGAAAGCUUGCUACAAACCCCAUUCCCAAUCCUGCUUUGGAGAAAAGGUGGCAGUAUUCUUCUUGGGCACUGCAUGUUCCACAAAACGAUCCCGGCUGCCAGAAGAGCCUGCAUCGUGAAAUGUAUGCCAACCUGAUGACUGGAGACAAACAAUACCUCCGAAGAUACGUAAUGGAGCCCCUUCUCAUGGCACAGAAAUGCCUGAACACGGCCUGUCUCGACAGCAACGUGGUUGGAUGGGUGGAACCCGACCGAGAUUAUCCUGCAGACCCUUCUAAAGCAGAGAUACCUUUUCCUGGAGCAGACAAAGACGUCCUGGUGCGAAGUGCCGUAGCAGACUAUUCCAAAUGGACUCUGACAAACGACUACACCUUGGUGGGGGCAUUGAAAAGCCAACUAGGAAACACUUUGCAGAAACGAAACAUACCGACACAACAAAUCUCCAACUGGGAUAGCACAGGUGUCGAGUUGAUCACUCCUAUCUUCGAAUUCAGAAACAAAGAAUCGGCAUUUCAAGAAAUUGAACAAUAUCUCGGUGCUUUGAGUUCUCCAGACAUUUUUAUGAUGGAUUCUGUAUGGGCAAGCACGCAUGUACACGUCGGCUUCAACUUCGACAAGCCAGCAGAUAUGCCCAUCCUAUUGUUGCAGCACCUAGCCUAUAUCCUUGUGUUGCACGAGGACCUCUUGUCAAAAUGCCAUCCCAGAAGCCGGUGUGGAGUUGAGUUGCCUGAAUCCGUCCCCGAAGAGCCCAGCUGCGAUCCACUCGACGAUUACUUCGAUCCUGACACACCUCUACCGCCUGAGCCAACCGAAGACGAACAGGAGAAAGAACAUGAAGAUGCGGUCCUUGCUUGGGAGGCCCAAUACACUGGAGCCGGUAAUGUCGACUCCAACUAUUGGUACCUCCAUGACAAGCUGCUAGCUCAGGCCCCCACCGACCAGCACCCCAGCAUUAUCAGGGACUGCAUCUUCAAAGAGCACGGCAACGUCCUUGACCUGGUUGAGAACCUACAGCGGCCCAUUCCCGACAAACCUGGAACAGUCCACCGAGGAUACAUGUACAAUUUCGCCAAUCUCGUGGUCAUGGAGAACAACACAACAUCGUGGAAGCCCAUCAAGCCAACUGUGGAAUUUCGCCAACACGCAUGCACCACCGACAUCGGCGUCAUUCAACACUGGGUCGACCUCUUGGAAGCAAUUGUUCGGAAAGCGGAAGAGUCGGCCGCUACCACGACAAAUCACAGUAGAGAGGCAACAAAUACAACACGUACAUUUGCUGAGCGGGCGGCAAGCAAAUACUCACGUACCUGCACAACAUCGUGGCCAUACACAAACAUGAAGGAUUUCUGUGUCGACUUUUUGAAUCUCCACGAAGACGAGGGAGAAUAUUGGCAGACACGAUAUGACCAAUAUAAGGACGACAGGCCAUCUAGGACUGUGUCCAGAUAG